AUGGCACCCAAAAAGGCUUUGCCUGCUAAAAGACCGCCACCGCCACCACCUCCAGCCGUGGCAGCUUCUCAGACAGCUAAUAUAGCUGAACCACCAAAAAAGAAAGUAAAGUUACCACCGCCACCACCGCCACCAACAUCAACAUCAACAUCAUCCUCCUCCUCCUCAUUAUUUGCCUCUACAGGAAAACAUACAGAGAAAAGUGCUCCUUCUAGGUUACCACCGCCUCCUCCACCACCACCACCUCCAUCUUCGAAGUCACAACAAGGUUCAAAUAAGGGCUCAAAACCAAAUGGCAUUCCCCAAGAUAUUUUGAAAGCAAGAGCAAAGAAAUGGCUACUAUUACAAAAGAACAGAUUUACGGAAAAGAAAAUACAGAAGGGCUCUCAUGUCCAUAAUGUCAAAUAUGAGAUGCCUCCAGAACAUAUACGUAAAAUUAUGAAUAACCAAGGUGAUCUAUCAUCGAAAGCAUUCAAUAGUGAGAAAAGAGCUAUGCUUGGUGCACUCAGAUAUAUGCCACAUGCUUUAUUGAAACUACUUGAGAAUAUGCCACAACCUUGGGAAACAGAAAAGUCUGUCCGAGUUCUUUAUCACACAGGUGGUGCAAUCUCAUUUGUUAACGAAAUUCCAAGGGUUAUAGAGCCGGUCUAUAAAGCACAAUGGGCAACAGCUUGGAUUCAAAUGAGAAGAGAGAAACGUGAUCGUAAAAAUUUUAGGAGGAUGAAAUUCCCUCCCUUUGAUGACGAAGAGCCAUUCAUGGAUUUUUCUAAAGAAAUACCUGCUAUUGAUUCUUUGCAGGGCGUUUCUAUUGAAUUGGAUCCAAUCGAAGAUGAAGCUGUGGCUGAUUGGUUAUACGAAGAUAAACCUUUAAUAGAGGAUAGGAGGUUUGUCAACGGCGCAUCAUACAGAAAGUGGAAUUUAAGUGUGGAUAUUCUUUCGAAUUUACAUCGAUUAUCUACCCCUCUUGUAGGGGAUGACAAUCUUGACACAAAUUCGAAUUAUCUUUUUGACAAAGAGUCACUCUUUACAGCAAAGGCAUUGAAUAUAGCAUUACCCGGAGGCCCAAAAUUUGAACCUUUAUACAAAGACGAGAACCCGGAUGAUGAAGAUUUCAAUGAAUUCAAUUCCCUGGACCGGAUUAUCUUUCGUAAUCCAAUCAAGUCAGAAUAUAAGGUUGCGUUCCCUUAUGUUUAUAACAACCUUGUGAGAUCAGUUUCAAUUCCAAAAUAUCAUUCACCUCCUGUUCUAUUUGUAAGGUCAGAAGAUCCAGAACUUCCUUCUUUCCAUUUCAACUCAGACUACAAUCUUAUUAAACCCAAAAACGGACUAACAAAUUUGCAUGAAAUCACUGAUUUUGAAUCAGAAACAGGAGAAAUGCUCAACGAUUUAGGAGUAGUUGAUGAUAUUUCAUUCGACUUACCAGAUGAUUUUGAGCCGUUCUUCACUGAGCAACCAAUUGAGCCCACCAAAAACACCUACCAGUCAUUAGAGCUGUACUGGUCAUCCAAUUCGUUUAGUCAGAGAGCUGGAAAUAUGAAGAGGGCAGAAGACGUACCUUUGAUCAAAAACUGGUACUUACAACCAUCACCUCCCGGAGAGCGGGUCAAGGUUAAAAUAUCCCACCAAAAACUAUUGAAGUCACAUGUUUUGAAUGAAUUGAAAAAGGAGAGGUCACCCUCUAAUGACAGUACCCCGAAAUUAUUGAAAGCAUUGAAAAACACGAAGUUUUUCCAAGAGACAACUUUGGAUUGGAUCGAAGUGGGAAUCCAGGUAUGUAAACAAGGACAUAAUAUGCUCAAUUUGCUUAUACAUAAGAGAGGCCUAACGUACUUGCAUUUAGAUUACAAUUUCAAUUUAAAGCCAACUAAGACUUUAUCUACUAAAGAACGAAAGAAAUCUAGAUUUGGUAAUGCAUUUCACUUGAUUAGGGAAAUGUUCAGGAUGAUCAAGAUGAUUGUUGAUGCGCAUAUACAGUUUAGACUAGGUAACAUUGAUGCAUAUCAAUUGGCAGAUGGUUUAUAUUAUGCGAUGAAUCAUAUGGGCCAAUUGACUGGUAUAUACAGAUACAAAUAUAAGGUUAUGCAUCAAAUCAGGGCAAUCAAAGACUUAAAACAUGUGGUGUAUAGUAGAUUUAAUAAAAUUAUUGGUAAAGGUCCAGGUUGCGGUUUCUGGCAGCCUGCAUGGAGAGUGUGGAUUUUCUUCAUCAGAGGUAUCAUACCAAUACUUGAAAGAUGGUUAGGAAAUCUUCUAUCUCGUCAAUUUGAAGGAAGACAAUCUAAAGAAGUCACCAAAACUAUCACUAAACAAAGAGUUGAUUCCUAUUACGACCUUGAGCUUAGAGCUGCAGUUAUGAAGGACAUUCUCGAUAUGAUUCCGGAGGGAAUGAAACAAAACAAAUCCAAGACGAUCAUGCAACAUUUAAGCGAGGCCUGGAGAUGUUGGAAAGCCAAUAUUCCAUGGAAGGUUCCAGGAUUGCCUGAGCCAAUAGUGCAUAUAAUUGAAAGGUAUAUCAAGGUCAAAGCUGAUGGUUGGAUUUCAGUUGCAUAUUACAACAGGGAGAAGAUUCAACGUGGUGCAUCUAUCGAGAAAACGGUGGUAAAGAAAAACCUUGGAAGAUUGACAAGGUUGUGGAUAAAGAAUGAGCAAGAUAGACAGUUGGAGUAUCAAAAAGAAGGCUCUUUCAUUUCACCAGAAGAAGGUGUUGAAAUAUAUAUGAAUAUGGUUAACUGGCUUGAAAGUAGAAACUUUGUUCCAAUACCUUUCCCACCAAUCAAUUAUAAGCAUGACAGCAAGAUUUUGAUACUUGCAUUAGAAAGUCUAAAGGAACAAUAUCAAGGUAAUAGCAGACUAAACUCACAGGAAAGACAAGAGUUGUCGAUAAUUGAACAAGCCUACGAUAAUCCUCAUGAAUUUUUGGCUAAUAUUAAAAGAACAAUUCUAACACAAAGAAACUUCAAGGAAGUGAAACUGGAAAUGAUGGACCAUUAUUCCCAUAUUACUCCAGUAUAUGAUAUAGAACCACUCGAAAAAAUUGUGGAUGCUUACUUAGACCAAUACCUAUGGUACGAAGCUGAGAAGAGAGGUUUAUUUCCAAAUUGGGUUAAGCCCAAUGAUGCAGAAAUACCACCACUACUCACGUAUAAAUGGUGUCAAGGUGUUAACAAUCUAGAUGAUGUAUGGAAUGUUUCACAAGGACAAAAAGAUGUCAUUUUACAAACGACAUUGGACAAGCUGGGCGAGAAAAUAGACUUCACUUUGUUGAAUCAACUACUAAGAUUAGUUGUUGACCCUAAUAUCGCCGAUUACAUAACGUCAAAAAACAACGUUAGUCUCAAUUAUAAGGAUAUGAGCUAUGUCAAUCAGUUUGGGCUAAUCAAAGGUUUGCAAUUUGCUUCUUUCGUGUACCAAUAUUACGCUCUAGCUACUGAUUUGAUGAUUCUUGGUUUGGAUCGGGCUUCUGAUUUAGCAGGCUCCCCGUCUAAUCCGAACGAAUUUCUUGAAUUUGAAAGCUUGGAAAAGCAGAAACAACAUCCUAUACGAUUGUACAUGAGGUAUAUUGACAAAAUUACUAUUUUUUUCAGGUUCGACAAAGAGGAGUCUGAUGAGUUGGUUGACGAUUAUCUAACUGAAAAUCCUGAUCCCAAUUUUGAGCAAAUUGUCGGAUACAAUAAUAGAAGGUGCUGGCCAAGAGACUGUAGGAUGAAGUUAACUAGACGUGAUGUUCAUUUGGGUCGUGCUUGUUUUUGGGAAAUAUCUAGGAGGCUGCCGAGGUCGAUCAUAGACAUAAAAUGGGAGAAUACAUUGGCUUCUGUAUACUCACUAGACAAUCCAAACUUAUUGUUUACUAUGUGUGGUUUUGAAGUUAGAAUUCUACCAACAUGCAGAAUGAGUGAAAGUAAACCUUCAAAAGAAGGUGUCUGGGAUUUGAUUGACGAAAACUCUAAGGAAGUAACGGCUAAGGCUUUCCUACAGGUGACCAAGGAGGAUAUUGAGAAGUUUCAAAAUAGCAUCAGACGUAUCUUGUUAUCUGCGGGCUCGAGCCCCUUCACCAAAAUUGCAUCCAGAUGGAAUACUGCUGUGUUGGCCUUAUUCGUAUACUACCGUGAAGCUAUUGUAGCAACCGAGCCAUUGUUGGACAUCUUAGUUAAAUCGGAGACAAGAAUACAAAAUAAGGUCAAGCUUGGAUUAAAUUCAAAGAUGCCAACACGAUUUCCACCAGCUGUGUUUUAUACUCCUAAAGAAUUGGGUGGUCUAGGGAUGUUGAGUGCUUCUCAUAUUUUGAUUCCUUCAUCUGACCUCAGAUGGUCCAGACAAACAGAAACCGGUAUCACACAUUUUAGAGCAGGUAUGACACAUGAUGAUGAAAGAAUAAUACCAACAAUCUACCGUUAUAUUACCACAUGGGAGAACGAAUUUUUAGACUCCCAAAGAGUGUGGUCCGAAUUUUCAAACAAGAGAAAUGAGGCUGAACAACUGAAAAAAAGAUUAACAUUCGAAGAUCUUGAGGAUUGUUGGGACAGAGGUUUACCAAGGGUUAGCACAUUGUUUCAAAAAGAUAGGCAAACUUUAGCUGUUGACAAGGGUUAUCGUAUCCGUAAAGAAUUUAAGGAGUAUUCUGUUACAAAAAACAAUUUUUACUGGUGGCUAUCUGACAGACAUGACGGUAGAUUGUGGAAUUUAAAUGCUUAUCGUACUGAUGUUAUCCAAGCUUUGGGUGGUAUUGAAACUAUUCUUGAACAUACUUUGUUCAAAGGUACAGGUUUUGAAUCAUGGGAAGGCUUGUUCUGGGAAAAGGCUUCUGGUUUUGAGGACACUUUAAAAUUUAAGAAGUUAACCAAUGCGCAAAGGUCUGGUUUAUCCCAGAUUCCGAACAGAAGGUUUACGUUGUGGUGGUCUCCAACCAUCAAUAGGGCAAACGUUUAUGUGGGUUUCUUGGUUCAGUUGGAUUUGACUGGAAUAUUUUUGCAUGGUAAGAUUCCUUCUUUAAAAAUUUCAUUAAUCCAGAUCUUCAGAGCCCACUUAUGGCAGAAGAUUCACGAAAGUUUAGUUGUGGAUAUUUGCCAAGUUUUGGAUAGCCAUUUGGAAGAAUUAAUGAUUGAUGGCGUUGAGAAAUUGCCGAUUCAUCCACGUAAAUCGUACAAAAUGAAUUCAUCUGCUGCAGAUAUUUUAAUGAAAGGUAUAACUCAAUGGUCCUGCUCCAAACCUUCCUUAUUAUACGAUUCUAAUGAUGAUUAUCGUACCAUUAAAAGUGACAAGUUUUGGAUUGAUAUCCAGUUAAGAUACGGAGACUAUGAUUCUCAUGACAUUUCACGUUAUGCUAGAGCCAAGUACUUAGACUAUACGAGUGACACAUCAACUGUUUAUCCGUCUGCCACAGGCCUAGUUAUUGCUGUUGAUUUGUCAUAUAAUAUGUACAAUGCUUAUGGUAACUGGUUUCCUGGCCUCAAAGAGUUGGUACAAAAGGCGCUAAAAACUAUUAUGAAAGCAAACCCAGCAUUGUAUGUUUUGAGAGAAAGAAUUAGAAAAGGACUACAGUUGUACCAAGCACAACCACAGGAAUCAUUUUUGAGUUCGAGCAAUUAUGCUGAAUUGUUUAAUAAUGACAAUAAAUUAGUUGUCGAUGACAGUAACGUAUAUCGAGUUGUCAUGCAUAGCACGUAUGAGGGAAAUUCAGCUGUAAAGGUCUUAAAUGGUGCGUUAUUUAUGAUCAAUCCUCGAACGGGCCAGUUGUUUUUGAAGGUUAUGCAUAGUUCAAUGUACCAAGGCCAGAAACAUCGGAGUAAAAUGUCCAAGUGGAAAUCUGCAGAAGAAGUUGCUGCAUUGGUUAGAUCACUACCUACAGACGAACAGCCUACACAAGUAAUCAUAACUUCCAAAGGUAUCAUGGACCCACUUGAAGUUCAUAUGCUUGACUUUCCAAACAUUUCCUUAAGACCGACUGAGUUGCGCCUUCCUUUCGACGCUGCUUUAAAGAUUGAUAAACUUGGAAAUUUAGUUAAUACAGCAAAAGAACCAACAAUGGUCUUGUUCAACAUAUAUGAUGAUUGGUUGGAAUCAUGCUCAUCGUUUACAGCUUUUAAUAGGUUGAUCGUUUUGAUGAGAGCUUUACAGGUCAAUUCAGAUAAAGCCAAGUUAAUUUUAAGACCUAACAGCAAUAUUGUUACUAAAGAACAUCAUUUAUGGCCAAGUUUUAGUGUUGAACAGUGGAGAAGUGUUGAAGCACAGCUAGCUGACCUAAUUUUGAAUGACUAUUCAGAGAAGUUCAACGUAAAUAUUGAUACAUUGACGGAUAACGAGAUCCGGGACAUUAUUUUGGGACAGAAUUUGAAUGCACCGUCUGUUAAAAACCAAAAAAUUGCUGAGAUUGAAGGUAAUAAGGCCGUGAGUCUAAAGAAUGACGGUAAUGAGGAAAUUGAGCAACAAAUAUCUAAUAAGGUGAAAACAGUUAACGUGCAUGGUGAAGAUAUUGUUACUGUCACCACUAGUAAUCUUGGCCAGGAGAAAUUUGAGAGCAAAUCGAGCUGGAGAAAAAGGGCUAUCCUCUCUUCUCUGCUUGAUUUAGAGAAGAGCAAGGUUUUUGUAACCUCUGGGAAUUUCGCAGAUGAAGAGAGUUUUGCUUUUGUUAUACCUAAGAAUAUACUAUCGACUUUCCUAUCGUGCUGCGAUUCCAGGUUGCAGGUUGGUGGAUUUAUUUACGGCAAAUCUCCGGUAGAUAAUGACCAGGUCAAAGAAAUCAGAUGUAUUGUUAUAGCUCCACAGUUAGGUGAGCACAACCAAGUUAACCUCCCUCAUGUGGCGCCUUCUUCGGAAUACUUGGAAGGACUUGAACCGCUAGGUUGGAUUCAUAGUGUACCGUCCGGGAAAGAAACCGAUUUAGAUGGUUGCUAUGAGAUCAUAAAUCAUGCAAGAAUGAGGAAUGAGUUUAAAUGGUCCAAUAAGGCAUCAAUCAUUUCUGUCUUGCUUAACAAUGGUAGUGUCACCAUUACCAGCAAUCGUGUUACUGAAAAUGGGUUGAAUUGGGGUGUCAAAUAUGCCAAGUAUCUAGGUCAAGCAGAUAGGUUGAUUCACUAUUCUGACGAUUAUAGGGUGCAUACGCCACUUAUCUUAACUGAGAAGUUUAAAGGUUAUACUAUGGUCCCAGAGACAGAUGUGUGGAAUUAUUCGUUCGUAUCCAACACUUUUGAUAGCGAAGAGGAAUACAAAUUAAAGAUAGACCAACCUUUAGGCUUUUUCAACGAGUUGCAUAGACCAAUCCAUUUCGACGCAUUUAGUAAACUAGAAGAUCAUAAUAUACAAGGCGUUGAUUACAGUGUGGAAGCUGAGCAGGAAGACGUUUUUAUAUGA